AUGUCUACACCUACACAUAAAGGGUGCAGCAUAAGUGGGAGUUUUGGCGCCAGUGAAAUACCACUAACUUUGUCGUUUUUAGCCUUGUACAAACGACGACCCACUCGAUUUUCUUUCCCAGUGUUUACAACUGGUAACGGGGAAGUAUUGCUUAUAAAGUUGGCCAGUCUAAGUUAUCACCAUGUAGCCUCUUCUCUGUUGGCCAGUCUAAGUUAUCACCAUGUAGCCUCUUCUCUGUUGGCCAGUCUAAGUUAUCACCAUGUAGCCUCUUCUCUGUUGGCCAGUCUAAGUUAUCACCAUGUAGCCUCUUCUCUGUUGGCCAGUCUAAGUUAUCACCAUGUAGCCUCUUCUCUGUUGGCCAGUCUAAGUUAUCACCAUGUAGCCUCUUCUCUGUUGGCCAGUCUAAGUUAUCACCAUGUAGCCUCUUCUCUGUUGGCCAGUCUAAGUUAUCACCAUGUAGCCUCUUCUCUGUUGGCCAGUCUAAGUUAUCACCAUGUAGCCUCUUCUCUGUUGGCCAGUCUAAGUUAUCACCAUGUAGCCUCUUCUCUGGUAACUGUUUUUGGCAGCUCUCCGAAGCUGAAUGGGUCAGCAAUGACUUCACUUUUAUUUUUGGAAUCAAGUCUUGUACCUUCACGUGGUGAUUCUGUUAAUCGAAGCUUAUUUCGAGACUGA